GGCGGCAGUGUAGAAUAUAGUGGUACGGUUCGAGGUUGCCAGACUCUUCUUUCAAAUUAAAUUAAGAAGGACAUUUUCACAGAUACAACAAAUAUAACCCACGAAAGUGCCACUUGGAAAAGUGUUACGGCCAUGCACCGUCCCUGCAGUGGUGUAGGAAGGAGGCCCACGGGAACCCCCACCCCUACCCCAUCAAACUUUUUUUUUUAAACCAUUAAAUUUUAUAAAAUCAUAUAUACACAUGCAUAUACAUGUGUACAUAGGAUUGGGGGUCUGACUCGGGACAUGGAUAGAUUCUAUUCCUGACUUCGGAUGCAAAUUCAAGACCAAAAGAACAGGUUAUGUAGUAUUAGCUCUGUCUACACAGGGGAAGCGCAAAUAAAAGAUCCCUUGCUGCUGAUCGGAAAGAGUAGCCCAUGUAGUGGCGACAGCGGGUUUCCUCUCACAAUCUGUGUGGUCCUUAACCAUAUGUCUGACGCCAUAUAACCGUAAAUAAAAAUGUGUUGAGUGCGUCGUUAAAUAAAACAUUUCUUUCUUUCUUUCUUAUUGGCCCCAUUAUGCGGUUGACUGAAUGUUAUAUCCGUGACCUGUAAUACUAACUACGCCUACUUUUUAACAAGGAAGUCUUUCACGGGAACAGCACACAACGCUAACGUGGUAUCUACGGUCUUCUACAAAGUUUAAUGGUAAAUGAAAUAGAACCUUACUGAAAUAUGGUUUCUCCGUGAGUUAGUGUAGAGAAUACGUCAUUUAUUAUAUUGAGUGUUUUGUUACUAUAGUGAAUAGGUGAGUUAGUACAUUGAGUGUUUAGUUACUAUGGCAAAUACGCGACUUACUACAUUGAGUACGUUGUUACAACGGCGAAUACUUGAUUUUCUACAUUGAGUACGUUCUUAACCGGUGAAUACGUGAGUUAUACAUUGAGUACUUCUAUAUUUUUGUAACUUAGUUAUGAAUACUUUCAAACCCUCUGGCUGAUUUUCUGUGUGUUUUUGUAUUUAUGUAUGUUAUUGUACUUUCACCAUUUUGUCACAAUGUAUUAAUUGUUCUAUGUAAACAUGUCCUCAUAUGCCGUAGAAUACGGCCUCAUUGUAAAUAAAGUUCAGUUCAGUUACUAUGGCGAAUACGCAAGUUAACUUACUACAGUGAAUACGAGUUACUACAUUGAGUACGUUAUUACUACCUGGUUUAGUACACUGAAUACGUGAUUACUACAGUGAAUUCGUGACUUACAACAGUGAAUUCGUGACUUACAACAGUUAAUUCGUGAUUUACAACAGUGAAUUUGUGACGUACCACAGUGAAUUCGUGACUUACUACAUAGACUAGAUGACUUAGUACAAAAUGGACAUCUCUGAUCGUCAACGACAACGUCGGCGACGUGAUGCCAUCCGUCAACUACAACGUUACGGUAAUGACAAAGUGGCCUACUUCACCAGCGUCGGAAUGGACGGACAAGAAGAAAAGGUGAUUUCCACUAACUGGAACCAUUACUACUAAGAUGCAUGGUGAGUCCACGCCGACCAAGAAGAAGAGGAAACUGCCAGUUCCCACCUUGAAGUGUGGAAUGAUAUUUGGAAUAUGCGGAAUAAUUGGCCUGGCGAUGCACAGUUAUACUUGGAACUGGGCGGCGUUAGUUUUAGGACACAGCGAGCUGCAUGUAAAUGGAAGUGACACCAGAUUAGUGGAUAACAGCAAUAGUAGCUGGUUGCCCAAAACACAACACACGAGUACAGUUAAUAAAAACAUUAACUGGUUCCCGAAAGUGCAGAGACCCAGUACAACAGAUAAAAACUUUAGCUGGUUCCCAAGUAAUAAACGGAAAACCAAACCGAGAACCAGUGUCAUAAGUACUACACAGAAAACAACAAAAACCACGAGUGUAAUAAAAAACAAAACAGACAAAACGAAAGAGACCAGUUAUGUGCACUCUAACGAUGAUACAUUUUAUCUUGCGACUAAUAUAAUUAGCGGUGUCGGUCUUGGAAACUUAAUCUAUCUCUAUGCAUCGCUGGUGGGUCUAGCUAACAGCAGGAACAUGACAGUAGCUCUACAAGCAAACCAUCGUCUUAGACAAAUAUUCCAUCUGGAAGCAAAGGUUUUACCAGAUGCAAACAUUUUUAAAAAAUUCAAAAGAGUAACUUCAGAAAAAUGUUGUAUGUAUGACGAAACGUUUCUAGAAAUGCCUCGAAAUCGUAAUUACACAAUUGACAAUCUGUUACAGUCGUGGAAGUAUUUUAGCCAUGUGGAAUCAAAUAUUCGUCAUCAGUUAAGAUUUAAAGAUCACAUCAAGUCCGUUGCCGAGAAACGAAUUCGAGGAUUUCGUGAAAAAUAUCAGUUAAAAAGUCCAGGGGAGAUAACUCUAAUAGGAGUUCAUAUAAGAAGAGGUAAUAAAGAUUCCGAAGUAGCCAGAAAGUCCGGAAAUUACGUCGCUCCGCCAGAAUAUAUCAGAAACGCAAUGGCGUAUUAUGUGUCUAGGUUUUCAAACUGUGUUUUUGUUGUUUGUAGUGAUACGAUGACUUGGGUGAAAAAACACAUAAAAACAAAUUCAGGGAUGGAACUGAUAUCAGAAACGAACUCUCCGGAAGUGGAUAUGGCCAUAUUGUCUCUAUGCAAUCACACUAUUAUGACAGUGGGGACAUUUGGAUGGUGGGGAGGCUAUUUAGCUGGGGGCACUGUGUUGUACUAUAAAAAUCCGUAUGACGAAAAAGAUCAAUUCUGGAGUAAGGUAUUCAACAAGGCUGACUACUACCCACCACAUUGGAUACCUUUGUUGUGAAAUCUGAAUUCUAUCCACCACACUGGAUACCCAUGCGAACGCUGCAUUAAAUGGCGGUGUUCUGACUUUGGAAGAUAAAUCCCUUAGGCCAAAAAUACAUAUAGGCAUACAUUGCUAGUCAUACACCAUUCCACAGACAGGAUAGCACAUACCACACACUUUGAUAUACCAGUCGAAACAAUGUGCUCAAGUCGGUGAAACGUCUGUCACAAAAAAUAUGAAUUGUUUAUGUCGGAAGAAAAUCUAAAGGUGUAUAAUCAUGUCAUUUGUAAUUCUCUUAACACUAAUCAAGGUAAAGAUAAUAAAUAUGUCAAUCAUU